CUACAAGGUGCCAACUCUGUGGUUGUAUCCUGGUUACCCCCACACCAUACCAAUGGAGAGGUCAUCAAGUACAGAGUUUAUGUCAGGGAAGUACAUUUUGGAAGGGAGAAGUCCCAUACAAAAUAUGACAGACCUGCAAGCAGUGAUAGCUUCGAUAUUACAGGCUUAAGGACGGGUACGCAGCAUCAGUUUUGGGUUCAAGCAGUUACUAAAAAGGGUGAGGGACGAAGCUCCCAGGUUGUGACUAAAACUCCUUCUAACAAUCCAAUCCCUCAAAUAACCUCCAUAGGCUGGGAACUAUUCCAGGUUUGGAGAAGUCCAGUUUAUUUACCCUGCAGACAUAUUGGGACCCCACCUCCUGUCACACGAUGGUAUUUUCAGGGUAAGGAAGCGAACUGGGUGAAUCAAGCAUCAACAUAUGGUACGAGCCAACUCUCUAUAGAAUCUGCAAGAUCUGAGGACACAGGGAACUAUACUUGUAUAAUAGAGAAUGGAGAAACAUUAGAUUCUAUCUCAUACUCUCUCAGGGUUCAAGUUGCACCUAAACCUCCUGUUAUCCGAGUCCACCGUGUGACCUCUAACUCUAUAACUCUGCGCUGGACGGGUUCAGAACUAGGAAACUCUCCUGUUAUUGGAUACAGGAUAAAAUAUAAGAUCACAUACGGAGAAUGGAUGGAAAAACAGGUUAGUUUUUAUGCUGAAGAAGAUACAUUAACAGAUCUGUACUGUGGACGGCAGUACCAUAUGGUUAUGUACCAAACUAACUAUAUCGGCGAGAGCGAAGCGAGUCAGAUCAUUAAUACAAGAACCGUAGGAGAAAAACCGAAUCCUCCGCUGUCAAAGGAUUUCUUAGUUGUGAACUCUACCCUGGCCAUCCUACUUCUUGAGAGCUGGAGCCAAGAUUCAUGUACUGUAUUGUACUUUGUAAUUGAGUACAAACUUUCAGCAGAUAGUACAUGGACUGUUGUGACAAACAAUCUUGAGAUCCAGGAUACAUACAGCAUUAGAGGGCUUUCUCAAUCAACAGCUUAUGAUCUUAAGGUUACAGCUCACAACCAUGCAGGUUCAGCCACAAGGAUUUAUCAGUUCAUUACCCUGGAUACUCUGGGGGCUCCAACCCUACCCAGAGGAGGUCUUGCAUCCGUCCUCUCCGGGUUAGGGUUUAGGGCUUCCAUCUCAAUACUCAUCUCAGUUCUCUGUCUGGUGCUGGCUUCUCUGGGUGUAUGUUUUUGUAUUAGAAAAAAGCAAGUAUCUAAGCGUCCUGGAAGAUAUGAUGAAAUCCCUAAAUCCUCGACUAUGGAAAAUCGACACAACUUGGACCAGCAGUUCUAUGCGACUGUACAGAGGAAAACCCCCGCCCUUACACCCUUCUCUAGUGGGGGGUAUGAAGUUGAUACCAUUGAACAGCUCAAAAAGGCUGUAAGAUCCAAGGUAGAAAAGAUCCCUGAGACGGCAAGCGAUAUUUCUCCGUAUGCAACAUCAAACCUUCAAACCCUUCCGGUCGGGGGUAGACAGCAUACUCUGGGCAGGACAGAAACCUUAACUCCGGGUGGGAGACAACAUACGCUCGGGAGAAAUGAAACACUGCGCCUCUCUGACUAUCACCGACAAAUGGAAACUAUGGGACGGGAUACCCUUGGUCGACAGAAAGAUCGGGAUACGAUCGGUCGACAAAUAGAUCGAGAUACACUGGGUAGACACAGACAUCAGCAACAACAACAACAACAACAGCAACUUCAACAGCAGGAGGAGGGAGGCAGGGGGCGUUCCGAAGAGGCUGGUAAGAGGCGUGGCUCCAGGCGAAGAUACUCUGAGAGUGAGGAGUAUGAUAGUGAUAGUGAUAGCAGGACGGAGUCCUCAAAUCAGUUGGAUCAGGACAAAUUUAGUGCUCUCCGCUACAGGUCCCAGUUUAACCUGUAGACGGAGAAAUGCGCAACGUUAAGAAAAAGUUUUGGAGUUGCGGCAUUUGGACAUAUCUGACAUUUUAUAAAUGUAUUGACGAAUCUCCCUUUUUGAAUGGAGAAUACCAAAUGUUCUAACCUAAAAUGAAAUUUGAAGAAGAAUUUUAUGAGAUUUUUCACAAAAUGUUAAAUAUAGAUAUUAAAACUUCUAGAGUUUGUAGUUUUCUAAAAGCAAGUUUUAAAUCAAAAGUUUGAAUUGAAUGUGUCAAAUAUCUGCAAGCUAAUGCAAAGGGUUUAUAUCACGUUGUUCUUUAUAAAAUAUUUUAUAAGUGAGAAAAAAAUAAAUGUUCUAAGAGCUGUAGUUAAUAAAAUUAAUCUGGUAAUCCUCUAUUCAAAACAAAAUUUUAACUGUUUUCUUUACAAACCUUGUUUUGCGAAGAAUACGAAGAGGUGCUAAAUAACAGAACUUCUUAAUUUAACGUGCUAUCAUAGAUUUAAGUGAUUUUUAAAAUUUUUGGAUUUUAAUUAAGAUUCAAAAUUAUACCUUAGUCUUAGAAAAAAAUGGCGUUAGUCUUGUUUUUAUUUCUAGAAAUUAAUUAUUAUCAAUUACAAAUUUCUCUAUAAAUAGUUACUGGAGUUGCGGGUUUCUUGAUAUAGGAGCAAUAGAAGAAAAUGAGAGAGUUACACUUUUCCAUAUAUAAAAACAACUAUGUUUUCCAUAUUAUUGACCUAAUAAGGUUCAAACAAUACCAUUGUGAAUCGGUUUAGCCCUCCUUGAAUGGAGGUGCACAUGAAAUUACAACAACGUAUGCAGUCCCUUUAAUAAAAACUAAAUUAUUCAAAUAUUAUAUUAAUAUUUUAUUCCAUAUUUUACGUGUUUUGUUUUCCUGGCUGUGAUUUCAUAUAUUUUUACCUGUUAAAGUUUUUGUUCUGCAGCUCGUGUAAAUAUAUUCUGCUUAAUGUCGUCUUUA